GUGUCAUAACAGAAAAAGCUCAGAGUGCUGUAAGGCUCAGAGGCAGGAACAAUGUCUACUGUUCUCUUGGUCAUUGGUGUUGUUAUAGGAGUUGCUUACAUUUACCGUCACUUUGUGGUGAAAGGGGAGAGAUGCACUAGCCAAGCAAGGCUUCAUGGAAAAACUGUGAUUGUCACUGGAAGCAACACUGGCAUAGGGAAGACUACAGCCAUAGAUCUGGCUCAAAGAGGAGCCCGAGUGAUUCUGGCCUGCCGCUGUAAGAAGAGAGGAGAAGCUGCUCUUCAGGAGAUCAAAAGGGAGAGUGGGAGUAAUCAGGUGGUGUUUAUGCAGCUGGAUCUGGGGAAUCUGAAGUCUGUACGCAGUUUUACAGAGACCUUUCUGAAGUCUGAACCUAGACUGGACAUACUGAUCAAUAAUGCAGGUAUCUGCCUUCAGGGUCAAACAGAGGAUGGAUUUGGACUAAUGUUUGGUGUCAACCAUCUUGGUCACUUUCUGUUAACUAACCUGUUGCUGGGCCGACUGAAAGAGUGCGGAGCAAGUAGGAUAAUCAAUGUAUCAUCCAUGGCACACAACUUUGGAAAAGUUGAUUUUGACUGCCUGAACACCAACAAAGCUCUGGGAUUGGGAACAUCUUUCUUACGUGUCCUCCAAAUUUACUGUGACAGCAAACUGUGUAAUGUUCUCUUCAACCAUGAGCUGGCCAAAAGACUGCAGGGAACCAAGGUCACCUGCUACGCUCUCCACCCAGGCGCCAUCAGUUCAGAGCUAGGUAGGAACACAAGUUUAUUCCUACAAAUCAUUCUUAAACCCAUCACCACGUUCUUCUUCAAGAACACCAUCCAGGGAUGCCAGACCACCCUGCACUGUGCCCUGCAAGCGGGCAUUGAACCUCUCAGUGGACGAUACUUCUCCAACUGCACUGUUAGAGAUCUCUAUUCUAAAGCAAAGGAUGAUGCUGCUGCAAAGAAGCUGUGGGAGAUGAGUGAGAGACUCUGUGCCCUUGUCUAAAAAAAUAAAAGGAAAACCCUCAAUUUAAACCAUAACAUGUACUUUUGGCUUACUUUAACUGUAAAUUGGGGCAGGUAUUCUUGAUGGCCUGGUUUGAUUGAACUGACUGAAAACACUGGUUCAAAACGAAUCAAGUAAUGGAACAUGAAAUGUUGACAGGUAUUACAGUGCAUAACCAAAUGUAUAAUAAUGGAACAACCUGAAAAGGUGGUCUUUCUAAGCCACCUGGAUGCAGGAGUUUUCAUCAGUGUUCAGAUGUGUUUUAAAUCUGACCUAACUGAUUAAACUUUCUUUUAAUGUAA